AUGAGCAGCGAUCGUCAAGAUACUAGUGGCUUCCAGACACCCAACACUGUCGAUGAAUUCCACCGCCAACUACCUUCAUCCACCACCGGAGACAACCUCCCUGAUUCCACCACACUACAUCUUCCCCAUACUCCAGUUUCAAUGGCACCUGCGAUUGAAACUAACGAAUCAGAAUCACCCAUAUCCGCCUCUCUUGGCGGUGCAAUCUUUAGCACUCCGUCAACUUCUUUCGACGGUGCAGCUUGCGGCAACCACCACCACCGUGAAUACCCACAACCCAGUUCCCCGAACUCUACCAGCCACCAAUUCAUCCGCCAAUCAAGAUCCGCCAACAAUCACCACAACACCUCCCAAAGUCUCGGAGCCACCAACAAGAAACAGCCUACUUCGCCGGUCACAUUUCGAUCAAGAACUCCCUCACCAGAAAAACAAGCCGCCGCCGCCUGGAGUCUCUUCCUCACCCCCAGAAUCAAGAACUUCGCCACCAGGGUCUUCCACCACCCGUAA